GAUAUCAGAUUCGACGGGGCGAAGCGACGUAGAUCCAAAAGCCGCAAAGACUGUCAUCCCUUGACGCUGUGUCCCGCGCUCGCCACUCUGCAACUCACCAGCAGCCAUGGAGGUCCAAGAGCGAAGGAGUAGCCUCACGCCCAACGUCGACGCUGCAGCCGUCGACCUCAAGGAAGGUUUACACGUCUCCAAUCAGGACGAGGAGGCCAAGAUCACAACCCCAGAGACCAACCACGACACGCUGCGCACUCUGCGUCUCGCCUUCGUGGGCAACGUGGACAGCGGCAAGUCGAGUCUUAUCGGCACACUCAUUAAGGGAGAGCUAGACGACGGCCGAGGCUCCUCUCGCCAGGCCAUCUUCCGUCAUAAACACGAGAUCGAAUCAGGUCGUACCAGCAGCGUGGCCACAGCUUAUCUAGGCUUUGACGAGCAUGGAGAGCAGAUUUUAUCCAAGCGAGCGGGUAAGCUCAUCCCCUGGGGAGAACUGGCCAAGAUAGCCCACAAGCGCAUCCAGCUUAUCGAUCUAGCAGGACACGAGAAGUAUCUAAAGACGACAGUGUUCGGACUCACAGGCAUGCAGCCAGACGUGGUCGUCGUCGUGGUGGGAGCCAACAUGGGCGUAAAGCGGAUGACCAAGGAACACCUGGCCAUUGCUGUUGCGCUGGAGAUUCCGAUCGUUGUGGCGCUGACGAAGAUCGACAUUGCGCCCAAGAAUGUAGCAAAGGAGACACUGGCUACAGUUCGCCAAGCAUUACGACGCUAUGGAAAGAUGGCGAUGCUUGUCAAGACGACGGAGCAGGCGGUGACAGCAGCGAAGAGUAUACCGUCGAACCGCAUCACGCCUAUUCUGCCGAUUUCCAACGUCACGGGUGACGGGUUGGAGAAUCUCCGUCGGAUACUUUGCGAGACGUCGCCGUCGGCAUUGUUCAAGGCUGGACUGUCGGCCUCGACGCUAGCGACGACCAAGUCGAUGAACCAGGAGGAAAGCAUCACGGUUGCAACACCCAUCGGUGCCGCUGAUUCAAAGAAGAAGGCGAUUGCUGCGAGUGACGUGGUCGAAAUGCCGAUCGACGAGACGUACCAAGUCCCUGGAGUGGGGUUCAUCCUGGCGGGAACUUUAAUGACUGGGAGCUUCAAAAUCAACGACGCACUGCAGAUCGGACCAGACUACAAUGGACAUUUCCACAAGGUUACAGUGCGUUCGAUGGAGUCGAUGUACAUGCCACUGAAGGAGCUCGUUCCGGGACAAACUGCGGCGGUGGCUGUUCGCUCCGUCAACAAGAAAUUCGCGCUGAAUCAGUCAACGUUCCGCAAAGGAAUGAUCUUGUUGAGUCCCGAAAUCAAGGUGGACGACUACGUGUCACGGGUGUUUGAGGCUCGUGUAGUGAUUCUACACCACCAGACAACCGUCACUGUCGGCUACCAGCCGAUGGUCAACUGCCGGACAAUUCGACAGACAGCAGAGAUCAUCUCGAUUGAAUCGAACCAAGAGGUUAUUCGCACAGGAGACCGAGCACUUGUGCGUUUCCGCUUCAUCCAUUCGCCGGAGUUCUUGAAGAAAGGUAUGCGCUUCGUGUUCCGUGAUGGUCAAGCCAAAGGAAUCGGCAAGGUCGUCCGGAUAGUCCCCGCCGAGCAAUGUGAGGAGCAGUAAACAUGUACGAGGGGAUAUUGGAGGGGGUUAUGCAGGAUGGAAGACGGGUAUGAACCAAUACAUAGUAUUUGCUAAUUCCUUGCUGAAGUUAGAUGCAUUUGAAGCAUUAAGUAUCGAUCGGUAGGUUGUUGCUGCUGUUGCUGUGG